AUGCGCCCACUUACUCGGCUUCGGCCACUCCUCCACACGCGACCGGUAGUCGGCAGAUCUUUCCAGCUGCAAACAUCCAGACCCCGGUGGCUAUCGACAUCCGCAAUUCGUCGGUGCUCAUGCGGAGAUGCUGCGAACAACGUCGACUCAGUCGCCAUACCUCCCUCCGACCACCGAGCUCUAGGAACAACCCAAGAGCUAUAUGCCUCCUCCAUCUACAGCCCCGGCUCUCCUCUUUUCCUUCCAAACGGCACACACGUUAUCAAUAAGCUUCUCGCUUUCCUCCGCGCCCAAUACCUACAAUACGGCUUUCGCGAAGUUCUAACACCGAGCAUCUACAAAAGAUCGCUAUGGGAGAUAUCGGGCCAUUGGCAAAACUACAAAGAUGACAUGUAUGAGGUGACUGGCCGCGGUGCGACCGGUGAAACCGAGGGUGAAGUUGGCGAAGACGAAUCCUACGGUCUCAAACCAAUGAACUGUCCCGGACACUGCCUGCUCUUCAAAUCACAAAACCACUCCUACCGAGACUUACCAGUGCGCUACGCCGAUUUCAGUCCCCUCCACCGAAACGAAGUCUCUGGUUCAUUGACCGGGCUCACGCGCGUGCGUCGCUUCCACCAAGAUGACGGACAUAUCUUCUGUCGGCCACAUCAGAUCAAGUCCGAAAUUGCGUCGGCGUUGGGAUUCGUCGAGAUGGCCAUGAAGACAUUCGGGCUUGGACCAUACAGAUUGGUACUUUCGACAAGACCAGAGACCGACUAUAUCGGAACAAUGGAGAUGUGGGAUAAUGCCGAAAACCAGCUCCGCCAGGCAUUGGACAGCACGGGACAAGAGUGGGCGUUGAACGAAGGAGACGGCGCUUUCUACGGACCUAAGAUCGAUAUUCAGCUUCAAGAUCAGGCUGGUAAAUACCAUCAAUUGUCAACCAUUCAGUUGGAUAUGAAUUUGCCUCAACGUUUUGGGCUUGAAUACCAGGUUGCAGAAGGCGAGGAAGACUACAACCCAGCCACACCGGGCGUUGCAACCCCUGUUCUCGUACACCGCGCCAUCUUCGGCUCGGUUGAGCGCUUCCUAGCAUUGCUGAUCGAGCAACAUGGCGGUCAUUGGCCAUUUUGGUUAUCCCCACGACAGGGAAUCAUCUUGACAGUCAAUCAGGAUGAUGCAGUUGUGCAACAAGCGAAAGAAGCCGCAGCUAAAUUCUCCGGGUUCAAGGUUCUGCAGAACGAUGGCACAGCUCAGGUGCCACGUCCGUUAUCAUCGCUUGAAUCUACUUUCCUGGUAGACGUUGAUACCAGUGCCCAGACUUUAGGCAAGAAGAUUCAGCGCGCCAAGCAAAUGAAGUAUAACUUCAUCUUUAUUUUGGGGUCGCGGGAUCUGGCCGAUGGAGGUAUCACGAUCGACGUUACUGGACAGAUGCAGAGCAAGACAGACGUGGAUUCGGAGCAGUUCCGAUCUUUAAUUCAGGCCCAGCUUGGAGAAAGUGCGCUACAGAACCCUCGUGCAGUUAAAUUGAAGGUGGAUGAGGUGCAUCCACUACUGGUCCAGUUUGAGAAGAAUUUCCUGUGA